UAUGGGUUCCUUAAGCUUUGUGAGGCUGUGGUUAUAUAUAAAGCCCCUCACUGAGGCUGAAGCCCACAGCCAGUUGUAUUAGCCACAAGCGCUUCACAUUCUUAAGGUUCCAGCUGUCGGGAAGCAAGGGAGAGCUGCACAGAUCCGGGUAAGUCUCUCUGCUGGGGGAUAGGGGGAAAAAAGGAGACGAGCGAACAAGCCAUUACUCCCAAGCAUGACGCUGCCAAUAGACCAAGCAGAAGAGCUGCGUCUCUACCAGCAGACGCUCCUCCAGGACGGGCUCAAAGACAUGCUGGACCACAACAAGUUCCUGGAUUGUGUCUUGAAAGUCAAGGGGAAGGAAUUCCCCUGCCACCGGCUGGUGCUGGCAGCCUGCAGCCCCUAUUUCCGGGCGAUGUUCCUUUCAGACAUGGAGGAGAGUAAGAAGAGGGAGAUCGACCUGGAGGACGUGGACCCCGAAGUCAUGCGCAAGAUCCUCCAUUACAUCUACACCUCCGAGCUGGAGCUCACCGAGCAGAACGUGCAGGACAUUUUCUCUGUGGCCAACAUGUUCCAGAUCCCCUCCAUCUUCACCGUCUGUGUCUCCUUCCUGCAGAAGCGUCUCUGCCUCAGCAACUGCUUGGCUAUCUUCAGGCUGGGCUUGAUGCUGGACUGCGCCCGCCUGGCAGUGGCCGCCCGGGAUUUCAUCUGCGACCGCUUUGCUCUGGUCUCCCGGGAUGAGGAGUUCUACCAGCUCUCCCCUGAUGAGCUCAUCGCUGUCAUAUCUACCGACUCCCUCAAUAUUGAGAAGGAGGAGACGGUCUUCGAGGUGGUGAUGAAGUGGGCGGAAGCCAAGGACCGCGAGAGCCGGAUCCAGGCCUUGCCGGUCGUCUUCGAGAGCAUCCGUUUCCGCCUCAUGCCCAAGGAUUACAUCAGGGACCAUGUGGAGAAGCACCCUAUUGUGAAGUCCAGCCCGGAGCUGCUCAAGAAACUCCAGGUGGUGAAGGACGCCAGCGAAGGCAAAUUCAUGGUGGUGAAAAAGAAGAAGGUGAAGAAAAGCAGUGAGACGACAGCUGGGAACAACGCUGUCAAUGGAGAAGUGGCCGAGGGGGAUGAUAAUGAGGAGGACGUCCUCCCGGGGAUCUUAAAUGACACAAUGCGCUUUGGGAUGUUCCUCCAGGACCUAAUUUUCAUGGUGAGCAGUGCCGGGGCGGUGGCCUAUGACCCCAGCGCUAACGAGUGCUAUUUUGCCUCCAUCUCGGCUCAGAUCCCAAAGAAUCAUGUCAGUCUGGUAACCAAAGAGAACCAGAUCUUCAUAGCAGGUGGACUGUACUACAACGAGGACAACAAAGAGGACCCCAUGAGCUCCUACUUCUUACAGUAUGAUCACCUGGACUCUGACUGGCUGGGCAUGCCCCCUCUGCCUUCCCCCCGCUGCCUCUUUGGCCUGGGAGAUGCAGAAAACUCCAUUUUCGUGGUAGGAGGGAAAGAACUGAAAGAAGGAGAACAGACCUUGGACUCCGUCAUGUGCUACGACCGACUGUCAUUUAAAUGGGGCGAGUCAGAUCCGCUCCCCUAUGCGGUCUAUGGCCAUGCUGUGGUAUCAGACAAGGAUCUAAUCUACGUCAUAGGAGGCAAAAGAAGUGACAAGAAGUGCCUGAACAAGAUGUGCGUCUACAACCCGAAGAAGUUUGAGUGGAAGGAUCUGGCUCCCAUGAAAACCGCCCGUUCUCUGUUCGGAGCAACCGUACACAAUGGCAAGAUCUAUGUGGCAACUGGCGUGACCGACUCUGGCUUGACUGACUCGGUGGAAGCGUAUGACAUUGCAGCUAACAAGUGGGAGCCCUUCACUGAAUUCCCCCAGGAGCGCAGCUCGGUCAGCCUGGUGAGUCUGGCUGGCAGUCUGUAUUUACUUGGUGGAUUUGCCACAGUGGAGACAGAGUCAGGAGAACUGGUGCCAACCGAGCUCAAUGACGUUUGGAGGUAUGAUGAAGAAGGGAAAAAGUGGGAAGGUGUCCUCAGAGAGAUCCAGUAUGCCUCAGGCGCCACCUUCGUUCCUGUGCGCAUGAAUGUUUUACGGUUAACAAAAAUGUAAAUGACGCGAUGAUUUAUGUUGUUCCUGGGUUUUUCUAAGUUCACAUUUAUUGAUAUAAAUGGGGUGGGGAGGGAUUGUAUUGGUUAAGCCAGAGAAACAUAUCUGUGAUUUGUUGCCAUUUUACUUCACCCAGCAGGGAAAGAGGAAGGGAAAGAAUUAGAAUGGAUCCUUAUAGGAGCUUAAAAGCUAAAGCACUACUUAGAAUCCAGAUCUGGAGACCGCCAGGAGCUGUGGUGGCCUGAGCACGGGACUCAUUCUAUCUCUAGGAGCAGAUUUGUUUCCCUCUUCCUUGUCAGGAAAGGAACAGUAACCACAUUUUUCCUUCAGGGCAGAAUCCUUUGUUUUCCAGGAAUUCACAUCCUCCCCUUCCCCAUUUUCUCCCUCCAUCCAACAAGGCCCUUCAUCAUCUCAACCACUCUUCUGACUGGGGAAGGCUGGAGGCUGAUCCCAAAAGAACGAAGCAA